UCAAUUCUGCUUUGCUCAUAGAGCGCAGAACCUUCUCUGAUGUGGACACGCCAUGCUGAGCGGUCUUGUACCAGGAUAUGAACUAAGAGACAAUGGCGAAGAAUGUGGCCAUCAUAGGAGCUGGGGUGAGUGGCCUGAUCUCUCUAAAGUGCUGUCUGGAUGAAGGACUUCAGCCCACUUGCUUCGAAAGGACUGAAGACAUAGGAGGCCUAUGGAGGUUCAAAGAAGAAGUGGAAGAAGGCCGUGCCAGUAUCUAUAAAUCUGUUAUCACCAAUACCUGCAAAGAAAUGUCCUGUUUCAGCGACUUCCCAAUGCCUGAUGAUUUCCCAAACUUCCUACGCAACUCUAAGCUCUUGGAGUAUUUCCGGAUUUUUGCCCAAAAGUUUCAUCUCCUGAAAUAUAUUCAGUUUCAGACUACUGUGAGCAAUGUUAAAAAACACCAUGACUUUUCUUCUACCAGCAAAUGGGAUGUUAUUAUUGAGAGAAACGGGAAGGAGGAAUUGGCUACCUUUGAUGCAGUGAUGGUUUAGGGUCAUCACGUAGUUUCCAACAUGCCGCUAGACUCAUUUCCAGGUAUUGAGAGGUUUAAAGGCCAGUAUUUCCACAGCCGCCAAUACAAGAAUCCAGAAGGAUUUGAGGGAAAGAGAAUUCUGGUGAUUGGGUCUGGAAAUUCAGCUUCAGAUAUUGCAGCUGAGCUGUGUAAGAAGGCUAAUCAGGUAUUUAUGAGCACGAGGCACGGCUCCUGGGUCAUGAGCCGCAUUUCUGACCAUGGCUAUCCCUGGGACAUGGUGUUCCACACCAGAUUCAGCACCAUGAUCAGAAAUACCCUCCCACCAAAGACUGUGAAAUGGAUGAUGGAGACACAGAUGAAUCGGUGGUUUGACCAUGAAAACUAUGGCCUGGUACCUGAAAACAAGUACCUGAUGAAAGAGCCGGUGUUUAACGAUGAUCUCCCCAGUCGGAUCCUCUAUGGGGCCAUCACAGUAAAAACCACUGUAAAGGAGCUCACGGAAACCUCUGCCAUCUUUGAGGAUGGAAGUAUAGAGGACAUUGACGUGAUUGUUUUUGCCACAGGAUAUCAGAUUUCUUUUCCCUUUCUUGAUGAGUCCAUUGUCAAAGUGGAGCACAACCGGGUGAGAUUGUACAAGUACAUUUUCCCUCCUGACCUGGAGAAAUCAACUCUGGCAUUCAUUGGCCUUAUCCAGCCUCUGGGAUCCAUCUUCCCAACCUCUGAACUCCAAGCUCGCUGGGUGACAAGAAUUUUCAAAGGGCUGUGUACACUACCCUCAGAGAGCACUAUGAAAGCAAGCAUUGAGACGAGGAAUGAAAAAAGAAUUGAACUGUUUGGAAAGAGCCUGAGCCAGACUUUGCAAACCAAUUACAUUGACUACUUGGAUGAACUUGCCACAGAGAUAGGAGCCAAACCUGACAUUCUCUCACUCUUUAUAAAAGACCCUAAACUGGCCCUGAAGAUUUACUUUGGGCCCUGCAAUCCAUAUCAGUAUCGCCUUGAUGGCCCUGGGAAGUGGAAGGAAGCCAGAAAUGCCAUCUUCACCCAGGAACAAAGGCUUCUAAAGCCUUUGAAGACUCGAGUUGUGAAGGAUUCGUCCAUGGCUUCUAUUGCUUCUUUGUGGAAAGUCCUGGGCCUUACUGCUAUUGUGUUGGCCUUUUUUUUCACUAUGUAUUAGGUAUGGGGUCCUAGCUAUGAAAGUUGAGGGAGAGGGUUUCCUGGAUUUUAGUAGGAAAAGUACAAGUUCCUUGAGGGUAGUACUGUUUGGGUUUUUUAUCUUUGUCACCCAAUUGCCUAAUAUCAAGUCAAAUCAAGUCAACAAGAAUUUAUUAAAAACGUACUAUGUGCCAGCCAAUUUUCUAAGGACUGGAGAAAUAAAGAAAGGAAAAAGUCAGUCCUUGUUCUCAAAGAGCUUGUAGUGUAAUAAAUGUUUGUUGUCUAAUUGAAUUGAAGACAAAUAAAUAUGGAGAUAUAUAUAUAUAUAUAUAUGCGCAUAUAUAUGCAUACAUAUAUAUAUAUAUAUAUAUACAUACAUACAUAUAUGGAAAAAAAUGCUUGAAAACUCCCUGGCUAUAUGCUCAACUUUAUCAUAAUAGAGAUAAGUAAAGGAUGAUGUGGAAAAUUAGUGAGUUAUUAUUAGAAAGCAGCUUUAUGGAUAAUAUAUUAAAAACUAAUUACAGCAUUAAAAUAUUUUACCAUCCCAUCCUUCCCACAGUGGGUGACAAAAGUUUAAAUGUCAUUCUUUUUUUUUUUUUAGCAUACAGCAUAAUAAAUAUCAUUGCCAGCCAUGAGCAUGUGGUAGUUAUGGGGUAAAGUCAUAGAUCACGCAUAUCCCUUGAUUCUAAGCUGUAAGAUAAUUAAAACAGCAGCAGAUUAUUUAAAACCAUUUCUCUUGAGUCACAUCCUUGACAGCCUCCCCAUCUGGUGUCCAUCUGGUAAAUUCCUCUCUGCUCUGAACUCAGACUCAAGUUCUUGGCAAAGCCCCCAAAAUGCUGAAGGGAAGUGUUUGAGCAGAGAUUAUACGCAUGGACAGAGAUCGAUUGGAAGUACCCAUGCCAUCUUUUCACCCAAUCCUUAAAUUUUAACAAAUCAUCACAUUCUUUCAGUUGUGGUCACAGGAAAACCUGCUUUUUUUUAUAGGUCAUUUAGCAGCAGACAUAAAUAGGAAUAGUAUAAUCAAAAGAGGAUUGAAUUGGGGAUUGGGGGACUGGGCUCAAAAGCCCGUUCUGCUAUGUCUUACCUGGGGCAAGCCACCAUUAAUCUUCAUGGGACUCUGCUUCCUCAAAUAUAUAAGGAGGGGCCAGAUUGAAUUCUCUCUCAAGUCCCUUACAGCUCUAAAUCUACUAUCCUAUGCACUCUAGACUUCUAUCAUGCCCAGCUCUUCAUCUUGAAGCCAUGCUCCAAUUCUGGAAUUCCCACAUUGGAAGUGCUGUCCGUCCCUAUAGCCUCUUCCUCUCAUUGGAUGGCUCCUACCAGAACCUCCAUUUAAGGAAGGUGCCCAGGCCAGCCAUGUCUCAUUCCUCUCCAGGCUGCAUUCUAGACUUUCUUUUACAGCCCCCUUGGGUACCUUUGUAUCUCUUCCUUUUAACCUUCUCUUUAUGUUUCGCCUUCCUCUAUUAGAAUGUAAGCUCUUUGAAGGCAGAGACAAUUUUUCUUUCUAUUUGUGUCUGUAUUCCUAGCACUUAUCACAGUGUCUGCUGGUACCCAGUAAGUGCUUAAUUGAUUUUUUGGUUUUUUAUUGACAAUUACCACUAAUAAACCUCACUAUUAUUAAUGGAACACUUUAUUAAUAAAUAAUUUGAUCAACAGAGCACUUAAUUAUAUUUGUUAUCAUGCCUCCAAUGCUUUUUGUAGGCAUCACAUAUUAAUAAACUCUUCUUGCAAAUAUUAAA